AUGUCCGUCAACUUUGACCAGCUCGCCAGUGAUGGCAGUUAUCUCACGGACCGAGCGAGGGAGGAGAAUCAACUUAUUCUUGAUGAACUCGAGCGGAAGAAAAAGGCACGCGCGUUGGCUGUGCCGACAGACGACAAACUUGUACGCGCGCGUCUGCGAGAGCUAGGGGAGCCCAUAACUUUGUUCGGAGAGAGGAAUGCAGAACGUCGUGAACGUUUGACAUAUGUCCUGUCCCAAAUCAAUGCUGCGCGCGGCGAGGACGCGAUGCAAGUAGACGAGGAGUCGUCCGAAGAUGAGAGCGAAGAAGAGGGAGAAGAGUUCUACACGCCCGGCACGCUCGAGUUGCUCGAAGCGCGGCGGUCGAUAGCCGAUUAUUCUCUACGAAGAGCUUACAAGCGAAUAGUCCAACAGCGCAAGGACGCCGCCUUACCUCUCGGACGCGUUAUAGACAUCCGAAAACGCGUCUUUGCGGACGUUAAGACCUUCUCAAAUCUAGGUUCUCAAAUUGGUGACACAAGACCGGUGUCUAUGGUCCGCUUCGCGCCCGAUGGAAAGUCCCUCGCCACAGGUAGCUGGUCCGGCAACCUCAAACUGUGGAACGUCCCCGCCUGCACACCCAUUAAAACCAUGCGAGGUCAUAGCGAUCGUGUGGGUGGUCUGGCGUGGCAUCCUCAAGCCACAUUAUCACAAAGCGCAGACUCUGCCAACCUUGCAAGUGGCGGAGGGGAAGGCUCUGUGAUGUUAUGGUCGCUCAACAGCGAAACGCCUGUCUCGACGCUCAAAGGCCACGCGGACCGAGUAUGCCGCGUUGCCUUCCAUCCUUCCGGCGACUACGUAGCUUCGGCGUCCUUCGACACGACAUGGCGGCUCUGGGACGUCAAGACGUCACAAGAACUCUUAUUACAAGAGGGCCAUAGCAAGGAGGUGUAUGCUGUUGAGUUCCAGGACGACGGUGCGCUUGUUGCAAGCGCGGGCCUCGACGCCAUUGGUCGAAUCUGGGACUUGAGGACUGGCCGAACUGCGAUGGUACUAGACGGUCAUGUCGAGGGUAUCUUGAGUCUAGCCUUCGCACCCAAUGGGUACCAGAUCGCCUCAGGUGCAGCAGACGAUACGAUCCGCAUUUGGGACAUGCGCUCUCUCAAAGCAACAUACACAAUCCCCGCCCACCUGAACAACGUCGCCGACGUCCGCUUCUUCCGCUCAGACGGCUCCAUACCCUCCCACAUCGCCGCGCAACACCAAGAGUCCGACUCCGCAGACGUGAAGAUGGAAGAAGACGUGAACGACGCCGAAGCCGCUCUCGAGACCGCUCAAGCUCAAGAAGCCGGUCGAACAAGCGCCACGCCCGCACCUCAAGCGAAAGAAGGCAGCGAAGGCAGCGCCCCUCCACCGACCAAACUCACACCAGCCCAAGAACGCGAACGCCGCGCAGAAGAAUGGCGAUACCGGCCCGGACUGUACUUCGCUUCAGCCGGGUACGACGGUGUGGUGAAGAUCUGGAGCGCGGACGAUUGGCAGUUACUUCAUACGUUGCAGACGGAUGGGAGUAAGGUUAUGAGCGUGGAUCUGAGCAGCGAUGCGAAGAUGCUGGCGAGUGGGACUUAUAAUCGGAAUUUCCAGUUGUUUGCGCCGGACAGCGCUAUGGAUAGUUUGUGA